AAACUUGACAAUAAACGAUACAUGCUUGGUAUCGAUACAUGAGCUCUAGUCAGAUGCUGGGUUCCUGGCAAUUUGAGAUGCAGCGUGUCUUUCGAAUGGCGACGAGAUUGCUUCAACGCACGAUUCACGACGAUUGCAAGACAAUGAUGGCGUUGAUCGAGACACAUCGUUGGAGACCAAAAAAAAAAAAAAAAACGAACAGAAGACGGAGGCGUUUUUCCUGAUCUUUCGACCGACAGGCAAAAAAUGCCAUGCCCCCUUGGCGCGCCUCUUGGUAUAAUGGGAUGCCAUAAACGAGUGCUGGUGCAUGCAGCCUCUGUUAUUAUUUCGCGGCAAUCUCGAUCGCAAUAGUAGAAGGGGAAGGAUAAAACAAAAAAAACGACUGUUGGUAUUCAUUUGAUAAUUGGCUGGCCAACAAUGAAAAUCAAUGGCUGACAUGAAAUGCGCAUGUCAUUUGCUGUAGUAUUUUAAAAGUUAUGCUUUAUCCCGGGAAAAGUGUGAAUUAUGAGGAUGCUUUGCGAGAUGGUGUAUUGCUUUGUAAACUUAUGAACAAAUUACAGCCAGAUCUCAUCACCAAAAUCAAUACAUCUGGUGGUGAUUAUAAGAUGAUGGACAAUCUUAAUCAAUUUCAGAAAGCAUGCAUAAAAUACGGAGUACCAGAUGUAGAUUUGUUCCAAGCAGUUGAUUUGAUAGAAAGAAAAAAUAUUGCGCAAGUGACCAAUACUAUUUUUGCUAUCGGCCGCACAACAUAUAAACAUCCAGAAUGGCGUGGCCCAUGGCUAGGACCAAAACCGGCAGAAGAAAAUAAACGACAUUUUACAGAAGAACAAUUAAGGGCUGGUGAAGGUUAUAUUGGUCUUCAAGCUGGUACCAAUAAAGGAGCUACUCAAGCUGGACAAAAUUUUGGAGCUACAAGAAAGAUCCUUCUUGGAAAAUAAUAUUUAUGCAAUAUUUUGAAAUAUUUUUGAAGUUUUUAAAUAAUUCAAAAUUAAUUUUAAUCAAAAUGUUGAUUGAUAUUUAGAAAGAAUAUGAUUAAUUAUAUUAACAAAAAUUAUAUUUAUUAAUUUCUUAAUUGUUAUAAUAGAUUAUAAUAUAGAAGUAAUAGAAGUUGAAGGUUAAUCAUUUAUUAAGAAUACUUAUUUUCACAAAUAUGAUAUUUGUAAAUAACAACAAUUCAUGGUAAUAUAUAUUCAAUAAAUUCUGAUUAUAGUUGUUCAAUA